GGGAAGUUCCGUGGGGAAAAUGGCGGCGGCCGGGAGCACCCUUCUCUUCUUGCCGCCGGGGACUUCAGACUGAGCCUUCUUGGGAAGAGUGGGGACGGCUGGUGCCCUGCGUCCCGAAAGCCCGAACCAACUUGUUUCCCUCGUUAGUGGUGGGGGAGGGCUUAUCCUCUUGUGUAGGACUCAGGACCUCCCCACCGUCAGGAUGAAGGCUCAGGGGGAAACCGAGGAGUCGGAGAAGCUGAGUAAGAUGAGUUCUCUCUUGGAACGGCUACAUGCAAAAUUUAACCAAAAUAGACCUUGGAGUGAAACCAUUAAGCUUGUGCGUCAAGUCAUGGAGAAGAGGGUUGUGAUGAGUUCUGGAGGGCACCAACAUUUGGUCAGCUGUCUGGAGACAUUGCAGAAAGCUCUCAAAGUAACAUCUUUACCAGCAAUGACUGACCGUUUGGAGUCUAUAGCAAGACAGAAUGGACUGGGCUCUCAUCUCAGUGCCAGUGGCACUGAAUGUUACAUCACGUCAGAUAUGUUCUAUGUGGAAGUGCAGUUAGAUCCUGCAGGACAGCUUUGUGAUGUAAAAGUGGCUCACCAUGGGGAGAAUCCUGUGAGCUGUCCAGAACUUGUACAGCAACUAAGGGAAAAAAAUUUUGAUGAAUUUUCUAAGCACCUUAAGGGUCUUGUUAAUCUUUAUAACCUUCCAGGGGACAACAAACUGAAGACUAAAAUGUACUUGGCUCUCCAAUCCUUAGAACAGGAUCUAUCUAAAAUGGCAGUUAUGUAUUGGAAAGCAACCAAUGCUGGUCCCUUGGAUAAGAUUCUUCAUGGAAGUGUUGGCUAUCUUACUCCAAGAAGUGGGGGUCAUUUAAUGAACUUGAAGUACUAUGCCUCUCCUUCUGAUCUGCUGGAUGAUAAGACUACAUCUCCUAUCAUUUUGCAUGAGAAUAAUGUUCCUCGAUCAUUGGGCAUGAACGCAUCAGUGACAAUAGAAGGAACAUCUGCUAUGUAUAAACUUCCAAUUGCACCAUUAAUUAUGGGGUCACAUCCAGUUGACAACAAAUGGACUCCCUCCUUCUCCUUAAUCACCAGUGCCAACAGUGUUGAUCUUCCUGCCUGUUUCUUCUUGAAAUUUCCCCAGCCAAUCCCAGUAUCUAGAGCAUUUGUUCAGAAACUUCAGAACUGCACAGGAAUUCCAUUGUUUGAAACUCAACCAACUUAUGUACCCCUCUAUGAAUUAAUCACUCAAUUUGAGCUGUCAAAGGACCCUGACCCCAUACCUUUGAAUCACAACAUGCGAUUUUAUGCUGCUCUUCCAGGUCAGCAGCACUGCUAUUUCCUCAACAAGGAUGCUCCUCUUCCAGAUGGCAGAAGUCUACAGGGAACCUUAGUUAGCAAAAUCACCUUUCAGCACCCUGGCCGAGUUCCUCUGAUCCUAAAUCUGAUCAGACAUCAAGUGGCCUAUAACACCCUAAUAGGAAGUUGUGUCAAAAGAACUAUUCUGAAAGAAGAUUCUCCUGGGCUCCUCCAAUUUGAAGUGUGUCCCCUCUCAGAGUCCCGUUUCAGCGUAUCUUUUCAGCACCCUGUGAAUGACUCCCUGGUGUGUGUGGUUAUGGAUGUACAGGACUCAACACAUGUGAGCUGUAAACUGUACAAGGGGCUGUCAGAUGCACUCAUCUGCACAGAUGACUUCAUUGCCAAAGUUGUUCAAAGAUGUAUGUCCAUCCCUGUGACGAUGAGGGCUAUUCGGAGGAAAGCUGAAACCAUUCAGGCCGACACCCCAGCACUGUCCCUCAUUGCAGAGACAGUUGAAGACAUGGUGAAAAAGAACCUGCCCCCGGCUAGCAGCCCAGGGUAUGGCAUGACCACAGGCAACAACCCAAUGAGUGGUACCACUACACCAACCAACACCUUUCCGGGGGGUCCCAUUACCACCUUGUUUAAUAUGAGCAUGAGCAUCAAAGAUCGGCAUGAGUCGGUGGGCCAUGGGGAGGACUUCAGCAAGGUGUCUCAGAACCCAAUUCUUACCAGUUUGUUGCAAAUCACAGGGAACGGGGGGUCUACCAUUGGCUCGAGUCCGACCCCUCCUCAUCACACGCCGCCACCUGUCUCUUCGAUGGCCGGCAACACCAAGAACCACCCGAUGCUCAUGAACCUUCUUAAAGAUAAUCCUGCCCAGGAUUUCUCAACCCUUUAUGGAAGCAGCCCUUUAGAAAGGCAGAACUCUUCUUCCGGCUCACCCCGGAUGGAAAUAUGCCCGGGAAGCAACAAGACAAAGAAGAAGAAGUCAUCAAGAUUACCACCUGACAAACCCAAGCACCAGACUGAAGAUGACUUUCAGAGGGAGCUAUUUUCAAUGGAUGUUGACUCACAGAACCCUAUCUUUGAUGUCAACAUGACAGCAGACACGCUGGAUACACCACACAUCACUCCAGCUCCAAGCCAGUGCAGUACUCCCCCAACAACUUACCCACAACCAGUACCUCACCCCCAGCCCAGUAUUCAAAGGAUGGUCCGGCUAUCCAGUUCAGACAGCAUUGGCCCAGAUGUAACUGAUAUCCUUUCAGACAUUGCGGAAGAAGCCUCUAAGCUUCCCAGCACUAGUGACGAUUGCCCACCCAUUGGCACCCCUGUUCGAGAUUCUUCAAGCUCUGGGCAUUCUCAGAGUGCCCUCUUUGACCCUGAUGUCUUUCAAACCAAUAAUAAUGAAAAUCCAUACACAGAUCCAGCUGACCUAAUUGCAGAUGCUGCUGGAAGCCCCAGUAGUGACUCUCCUACCAAUCAUUUUUUUCCUGAUGGAGUAGAUUUUAAUCCUGAUUUGUUGAACAGCCAGAGCCAAAGUGGUUUUGGAGAAGAAUAUUUUGACGAAAGUAGCCAAAGCGGAGAUAAUGAUGACUUCAAAGGAUUUGCAUCUCAGGCACUAAAUACUUUGGGGGUGCCAAUGCUUGGAGGUGAUAAUGGGGAGACUAAGUUUAAAGGCAAUAGCCAAGCUGACACAGUUGAUUUCAGUAUUAUAGCAGUGGCUGGUAAGGCUUUGGGUCCUACAGAUCUCAUGGAGCAUCACAGUGGUAGCCAGAGUCCUUUAUUGACUACUGGGGACUUAGGGAAAGAAAAGACUCAAAAGCGAGUAAAGGAAGGCAAUGGCAGCAGUAAUAGUAGUCUGUCAGGGCCAGGAUUAGAUAGCAAACCAGGGAAGCGCAGCCGGACCCCUUCUAACGAUGGUAAAAGCAAAGAUAAGCCUCCAAAGCGAAAGAAGGCAGACACUGAGGGAAAGUCUCCAUCUCACAGUUCUUCUAACCGACCUUUCACCCCACCUACCAGUACAGGUGGAUCCAAAUCUCCAGGCAGUUCAGGAAGAUCGCAGACUCCCCCAGGUGUUGCCACACCACCUAUUCCCAAGAUCACUAUUCAGAUUCCUAAAGGCACCGUGAUGGUGGGCAAGCCCUCCUCCCAUAGUCAGUAUACCAGCAGUGGCUCUGUGUCUUCCUCAGGCAGUAAAAGCCACCAUAGCCAUUCUUCCUCCUCUUCUUCCUCAUCUUCUGCUUCCAACUCAGGCAAGAUGAAAAGCAGUAAAUCAGAAGGUUCUUCAAGUUCCAAGUUAAGUAGCAGUGUAUAUUCUAGCCAAGGGUCUACUGGAUCUAGCCAGUCUAAAAAUUCAUCCCAGUCUGGGGGGAAGCCAGGCUCCUCUCCCAUUACCAAGCAUGGACUGAGCAGUGGCUCCAGCAGCACUAAAAUGAAACCUCAAGGGAAGCCAUCUUCACUUAUGAAUCCCUCUUUAAGUAAACCAAACAUAUCCCCUUCUCAUUCAAGGCCACCUGGAGGCUCUGAUAAGCUUGCCUCUCCAAUGAAGCCUGUCCCUGGGACUCCCCCAUCUUCUAAAGCCAAGUCCCCCAUCAGUUCAGGUUCUGGUGGUUCUCAUUUGUCUGGAACUAGUUCAGGCACUGGCAUGAAGUCAUCUUCAGGGUUAGGAUCCUCAGGCUCAUUGUCUCAGAAAACUCCCCCAUCAUCUAAUUCUUGUACAGCAUCUUCCUCUUCCUUUUCUUCAAGUGGCUCUUCCAUGUCCUCCUCUCAGAACCAGCAUGGGAGUUCCAAAGGGAAAUCCCCCAGCAGAAAUAAGAAGCCGUCCUUAACAGCUGUCAUAGAUAAACUGAAGCAUGGGGUUGUCACCAGUGGCCCUGGAGGUGAAGACCCAAUGGAUGGCCAGAUGGGGGUGAGCACAAAUUCUUCUAGCCAUCCUAUGUCCUCCAAACAUAACAUGUCAGGAGGAGAGUUCCAGGGUAAGCGUGAGAAAAGUGAUAAAGAAAAAUCCAAGGUUUCCACCUCGGGGGGCUCAGUGGAUUCGUCUAAGAAGACCUCAGAGUCAAAAAAUGUGGGGAGCACAGGUGUGGCAAAAAUUAUCAUCAGCAAGCAUGAUGGGGGUUCCCCCAGCAUUAAAGCCAAAGUGACUUUGCAGAAACCUGGGGAAAGUAGUGGAGAGGGGCUCAGGCCUCAGAUGGCCUCUUCCAAAAACUAUGGCUCUCCACUCAUCAGUGGUUCCACUCCAAAGCAUGAGCGUGGCUCUCCUAGCCAUAGUAAGUCACCAGCAUAUACUCCCCAGAAUCUGGACAGUGAAAGUGAGUCAGGCUCCUCCAUAGCGGAGAAAUCUUAUCAGAACAGUCCCAGCUCAGAUGAUGGUAUCCGACCACUUCCAGAAUACAGCACAGAAAAGCAUAAGAAGCACAAAAAAGAAAAGAAGAAAGUAAAAGACAAAGAUCGAGACCGGGACCGGGACAAAGACCGAGACAAGAAAAAAUCUCAUAGUCUCAAGCCAGAGAGUUGGUCUAAAUCACCCAUCUCUUCAGACCAGUCCUUGUCUAUGACAAGUAACACAAUUUUAUCUACAGACAGGCCCUCAAGGCUCAGCCCUGACUUUAUGAUUGGGGAGGAAGAUGACGAUCUUAUGGAUGUGGCCCUGAUUGGCAAUUAGGAACCUUUUUAAGACAAAAGUGGCCAGAGAAAAACUAAGUUUAUAGGCAAACCACCAUAAGGGGUGAGUUAGGCAGGUCUGAUUUUGUGUUUAAGAAUCUUAAAUGGCAUGGUUUUGACACCGAGCUGGGUGAAUUUAGAAAGUCAUAGCCAGACCCAACUAAAGAGACCAUAGGGUUUGAUUCUGGUUACCAAGAAUCACUUUUUCUUUUGCCAGAUAAAAGGAAAAAAAAAGUUAAAAUACUUGCUUAUGAAAGGG